CUCAGUGUCUGGCAUUUCUUCACUUCGUUUCUCUCACAGUUGCCCAGUGGGACAGUUGGUUCUCAGCGCCUUGAGCCACUCCAGCAAAACCACAAGACAACCAAACAGUCAACCAGCCAUGAGCAAGUCCUACUCUUCUUCGGCCCAGUCGGCCUCCUCGUACCGUCGCACCUUCGGCUCUGGUGUUGGCUCAACCCCACUGUCCUCCCUCUUCUCCUCUGGUGGAGGUGGCCGCAGUUCCUCAAGCCACAUGUCUUCCCGGGUCUACGAGGUCAAGAGUGCCAAUAUUCCCUCCUAUUCCAGCUACCGGGUAUCCUCUGGUGCUGGGGGAGCAGGUUUCGGCUCCUCUUCAGCCAUGCGCACCUUUUCCGGAGAGAAACUCGACUUCAACCUGGCUGAUGCCAUGAACCAGGACUUCCUCAACACAAGGACCAAUGAGAAGGCCGAGCUUCAGCACCUCAACGACCGCUUCGCCAGCUACAUUGAGAAGGUACGUUUCCUGGAGCAGCAGAAUGCGGCGCUGACAGUGGAGAUUGAGAAGCUGAGGGGCCGCGAGGGGCCCGGGCGCGUGGCUGAGAUGUACGAGGAGGAAAUGAGGGAGCUGAGGAGGCAAAUCGAAGCACUCUCCAACCAGCGCGCCCGUGUGGAGGUGGAGAGAGACAACCUGGCUGAUGACCUGCAGAAACUGAAGCUCAGACUGCAGGAGGAGAUCCACCAGAAGGAAGAGGCUGAGAACAACCUCUCUGCCUUCAGAGCUGAUGUUGACAAUGCCACUCUUGCCAGGCUGGACCUAGAGAGACGCAUUGAGAGUUUGCAAGAGGAGAUUGCCUUCCUCAAGAAGAUCCAUGAAGAGGAGAUCCGUGAGCUGCAGAGCCAGAUGCAGGAUACUCAGGUCCAGAUCCAGAUGGACAUGUCUAAACCUGACCUGACUGCUGCUCUGAGGGACAUCCGCAUUCAGUACGAGGGCAUCGCUGCCAAGAACAUCGCUGAGGCUGAAGACUGGUACAAGUCUAAGGUGUCUGAUCUGAACCAGGCUGUGAACAAGAACAAUGAUGCUCUGCGUCAGGCCAAGCAGGAGACCAUGGAGUACAGGCACCAGAUCCAGUCCUACACCUGUGAGAUCGACUCACUCAAGGGCACCAAUGAGUCUCUGCUGCGCCAGAUGAGAGACAUGGAGGACCGCAUGGGCCGUGAGGCUUCUGGUUACCAGGAUACUAUUACACGGCUGGAGGAAGACAUUGCUAAGAUGAAGGAUGAUAUGGCUCGUCACCUGAGGGAGUACCAGGACCUGCUCAAUGUGAAGAUGGCUCUUGAUAUUGAAAUCGCCACCUACCGCAAGCUGCUGGAGGGAGAGGAGAGCAGGAUCACCACCGCUGGGCCUGUCCAGUCUGCCUAUUCCUCCAUUGGAUUCAGAGAGACCAGUCCGGAGUCCCAGCAUCAGCGCGCCUCAGAGGUUCACUCCAAGAAGACUGUCCUUAUCAAGACCAUCGAGACCCGCGAUGGAGAGAUGAAGUUUUCUAUGAGCCAGGGCGCUAGUGCCCAGUCUGUUGUCAGCGAGUCCACACAGCAUCAGCAGGACAUCAUGUAAACCAGAAGAUGAAACAUUACAAACAUAUAUAUAACAAAUUCAUAAAAGAUAGCACAAAUAUGGACAUUUUCCUGCCACGAUUUAUAAGCUGAGCAUAUUUUAAGUGACAGACCGCUGGCAUUUUCAGCUGACUUUAAAGGCAAAUAAGUGAAUGCAACCAGUGUACAUUGUUAGACCAUGUACUGUACAUCAUAAAAAGGAUGCAGUAUUUUAAAUAAAGGUCAUUCCAGUAAUUGUGCUUUAUUCCUUCAGUGAAAAAACACCUAUAUUCAUAAUAUUGCAUUUGCCCACAAAAAUAAUUAAUUGAUAAGAAAUAAACAACAAGGCUAUGUGUAGCUGUAUUGGCCCAGUAUCCACAGGGAAGUUUGCAAGGUGCAAGACAAAUCGAUUGACCUGGAACACCACGGUCAACAUUGUAACGGUACAGUCUUUCUGUGCAAAUGUACAAACACAUGGCUUGAUUAAGAAGGACUUUUAUUUGUGUAACAGAUUAAGGAAAGCAAGAUGUGAGAAAGUGAGGUGUUGUGUCAGAAACACAAGCAUCUAAUGAAAAAGGAACUCAGUCAUGUUUGAAGGUUUGAGCUCAACAGCAUGUGCUGGUUGUUUUAUUGUAUGGGUGACCAUGUUUUGCUGCUUUACUGUGGCCAAAAACUCAAAUAAAGACAUUGGUUAUCAGCGUU